AUGUGGGACACGGUCACGCCGGGCCAGCAGAAGGGCGCCGGGACGCCCCGCCCCUUCCUGGGGGCGUGGCCUACCGCGCGGUGGUAUAAAAGGCACGUCGGCGGGCGGGUAGCCCUCACAGCGCGUCGGCGGCGGAGCGAAGCGGGUUCCUGCGUCAACAGUGCUUGGACGGAACCGGCCGCGCUCGGGCCCGCCGCGCCCCCCUCUCAGGUGCGCCAGAAUUACCACCAGGACUGCGAGGCCGCCGUCAACCGCCAGAUCAACUUGGAGCUCUACGCGUCCUACGUGUACCUCAGCAUGUCCUACUAUUUUGAUCGGGAUGAUGUGGCCCUGAAAAACUUUGCCAAGUACUUCCUGCAUCAGUCCCACGAGGAGCGGGAGCACGCUGAGAAGCUGAUGAAGCUGCAGAACCAGAGGGGUGGACGCAUCUUCCUGCAGGACAUCAAGAAGCCAGACCGUGAUGACUGGGAGAAUGGCCUGACUGCCAUGGAGUGUGCCCUGCACCUGGAGAAAAAUGUGAACCAAUCACUGCUAGAACUGCACAAAUUGGCAACCGAAAAGAACGACCCACAUUUGUGUGACUUCAUUGAGACCCAUUACCUGGAUGAGCAGGUGAAAGCCAUCAAGGAGCUGGGUGACCACGUGACCAACCUGCGGAAGAUGGGGGCCCCCAAAUACGGCAUGGCAGAGUAUCUCUUCGACAAGCACACCCUCGGGGACUGUCAGAGCUGAAGCCUUGCCAAGAGCCACGCUGUGGGUUUCAGUGGGACUCCUACUUACUGUCCAGCCGUGCAUGCAGCUUCAGCUAUCUAGAUAAACAGUUCCAUACUCUGUACCAAAUAUUUUCCCCUCUCUUUGUGUUUUAUGUACUGCCCUCCAGCCAAUAAAGUGACUUGGUUCCA